AUGUUUGAACAUUUAAUUCAUGUUAAUACUUGGUUUCCUAGAUAUGAAGUUGAACUUGCUGAAAGAACACAUUAUCAUGUUUUUAGUGAAAAACGAAGUAAUACAACAUCAUCUAUUCAACAAAUCAAACAAGAAAAAGUUGAACCGCUACCAAAACAAAAAGAACAGAAACCAGCUGAACCUCAGCGAGCUCCUAAUACUAGUGAUGAUGAUAUUGAUUUAUUUGGUUCUGAUGAUGAAGAACAAAGUGGAGAAACAAAAAAACUUUUGCCUGAUGGUGCAGCACAAAAUGCAAAGAAAGAGGAACAAAUUGCUGCCAAAAGUAUAAUUGUAUUAGAUGUUAAACCUUGGGAUGAUGAAACUGAUCUUGAAACUAUGGAAAAAUCAGUAAGAUCAAUUGAAGCCGAUGGUCUUGUAUGGGGACAAUCUAAACUUGUACCAGUUGCUUAUGGUCUUAAAAAAUUACAAAUUGGUUGCGUUGUUGAAGAUGAUAAAAUCGGAACUGAUUUUCUUGAAGAAAAAAUUUGUGAAUUGGAAGAUUAUGUUCAAUCGGUUGAUAUUGUCAUAUUCAAUAAAUAUACAUGA